UCCUCACCUUAGGCCGGCACUUUUCCCUCUCGAGGGCAAGAGGGCGGGGCUUGGGGGCCCGGACCGUCCUAAAAGCUACCCAGGAGGAGCCCCCGCCCCUUCCCGUAGCCCCGCCCAGUUCGCGCGCCGCCAGGUGCCUGGCGGCCUCCGAACAGCAGGGGGCGGCAGAGGAGUGGGCUCAGCCCCGCCGCUCGCCGGAAAGGGCGGGCCUUGGAAUGCCCCAGCCCUCGCCUAUUUCCUUGGUUCACCGGAAGCGGCGGGUCCUUUUCCCCGGCUCGUCGCAGCUAUGGCUCGUGGACCCAAGAAACACCUGAAGCGCGUGGCCGCCCCCAAGCACUGGAUGCUGGACAAGCUGACCGGCGUGUUUGCUCCCAGACCAUCCACAGGCCCCCACAAGCUGAGAGAGUGCCUUCCUCUCAUCAUCUUCCUCCGCAACCGUCUCAAGUAUGCCCUGACCGGAGACGAAGUUAAGAAAAUCUGCAUGCAGAGAUUUAUCAAGAUUGACGGCAAGGUCCGCACGGACACCACCUAUCCCGUUGGCUUCAUGGAUGUCAUCAGCAUCGAGAAGACCGGCGAGUAUUUCCGUCUGAUUUAUGACACCAAGGGUCGCUUUGCCGUUCAUCGCAUCACAGCCGAGGAGGCAAAGUAUAAGCUGUGCAAAGUGAGAAAGACCUUUGUGGGUACCAAGGGCAUCCCCCAUCUGGUGACCCAUGAUGCCCGCACCAUCCGCUAUCCGGAUCCACUCAUCAGAGUCAAUGAUACCAUUCAGAUCGAUCUGGAGACUGGCAAGAUCACAGACUUCAUCAAGUUUGAUACCGGGAAUCUCUGCAUGGUCACUGGUGGAGCCAACUUGGGUCGGAUUGGGGUGGUCACCAACAGGGAGAAACAUCCAGGCUCCUUUGAUGUGGUCCACGUGAAGGAUGCCAACGGCAACAGCUUCGCCACCAGGCUUUCCAACAUUUUCAUUAUUGGCAAAGGUAACAAGCCUUGGAUAUCUCUGCCCCGAGGCAAGGGCAUCCGCCUCACCAUUGCCGAAGAGAGAGACAAGAGGUUGGCGGCCAAACAGUGCAACGGGUGAACGACAUCGGCACGUUACCGUGUGUCUUUCCUGACCAAAUAAAGACUUCACAAGGUGUUU